AUGUCCUCCAGUAGCUUCUCGCCCACGCAGGCAGAGCUUUCGCUCGUUAAUCAAAUUUUCAACCAACACGAUACCCAGAAGCUUGGUAUUCUCACCGGCGACGUCGCUGUCCGUGUGUUUGGAGGCGCCAAAUUACAGCCCGCGACUCUCGGCGAGAUUUGGAGCAUUUCUGACGAGGAGAAUAAUGGCUGGUUAUCCAAGAAAGGUGUAGCUAUUGCCUUGAGACUCAUUGGCUGGGCUCAGAAGGGGGAGAAGGUCAGCACCGACUUGAUUUCGAAACCCGGUCCCCUCGCUGUAAUCGAAGGAGUUUAUUCUAUUGCUACACAUCACACCGGAAUGUCGAUUCCAAGAUCUCCUCCACCGAUUUCCAACAUUCCUCCGUUUACUCCACAAGACAGAGCCAAGUUUCUUAACAUGUUCAUGAAAUCAAAUCCUAGGGAUGGCUUGCUUAGUGGUGAACAAGCUCGAGAUAUUUUUGUCAAAUCCAGACUACCAAAUGACAAGUUACUUCAGAUAUGGAAUCUCGCAGAUACCCAAGACCGCGGUGCUCUUGAUUCUACGGAUUUUGCUAUUGGAAUGUAUCUUAUUCAAGGUGUCAUGUCCGGCCAAAUAUCUGUCAUACCUACUUCGCUACCGCCAGGACUGUACCAGCAAGCCUCUGGCGGCGCUACUCCGAGUGUUAGGUCGCAUGCUACUGGCACCAGUAUCUCGUACAGUCCCAGUGCCAACCAAACAUCGUUCCCGCAAAACAGAAGCUAUAUCCAGCCUCAGUAUACUGGUCAGAUGCUCCAACCUCAAGGUACAGGUGGUGCUGUGUCGAAGAAGCCCUUAGUUGCUCCCACAAUACCUGCCCGCAAAACCACCAAUCCAUCUGCUAUCGGAAACAGUGCGUUUGGCGCUCAAGCUCGUUGGGACGUGACAGCCGCUGAAAAAGCAUCGUCUGAUGGGUAUUUUGAUACGCUGGAUACUACGAAAGCGGGCUAUAUAGAAGGCGAAGUUGCUGUACCGUUCAUGCUCGAGUCCAAAUUGCCCGGAGAUGUGCUUGCUCAGGUUUGGGACCUCGCCGACCUUAAUAACGAUGGUCGUCUUACUCGGGACGGUUUCGCUGUCGCUAUGCAUCUCAUCCAGAAGAAACUUGCAGGAGGAGAGAUUCCUCCUAGUCUUCCUCCUUCUUUGAUUCCUCCGUCUAUGCGCCAACAGGCAAGCGCUAGUAUUCCAGCAUCACCUUUCAGUCCCGUCGGUCAGCACAUGCAACAGGUUCCCGCUCCUGAACCCCAGAAGGACUUGUUUUCAUUUGACGAAACCCCGCCUUCAUCUGCAGCCCCGUCCGCUGGACUGUUCAAUAUACCAAUGCAACCAACAGGUCAACAACAACAACAACAACAAUCAUCUUCGGUUUUUGCGUCCCCAUCCAACUUUGCAUCACCCUCAGCCUUAGCGUCACCUUCUCUUUCGCAGGAUCCGUUUGUUUCUUCAGCUUCAAAAGAUCUUCUAAGUGAUGAUGACGAUCAUACCGCAUCAGCACAUCCUCUGGAAGAUCAAUCUGCAGAAAUCGGUAAUACUCAGAAUCAACUCAAUUCGACGAACAAGUCCCUUGCGACUGCGAAGAAUGAACGCAUCAGCGUGGAACAGACACUUGCUAAUCAGGCCGCCCAGCUUUCCGCUCUCCAAGUCCAGUUAUCUUCUGCUAAAGCCGCGUACGAGACGGAGACCAAAUUGCUUGAAACGUUUAGAGAGCGUUUCUCCAAACAGACUGCCGACAUUGAAAAAACGAGGACGGAGCUCAUCACUGCUGAGAGCGAUUUAAGCGCGAUGCGUGUCGAGAAGGCCGAGAUUGAAGGAUCGUUUUUGAGAGACAAGGAGGAAGUAAGAGAUCUCAAUCGAAGAGCAUUUGAAGCUGGUCACCAGAUUGAGACGCUAAAGGCUGAAAUUGAAAAGGCGAAGAAGGAAGCCAAACAACAGAAGGGUCUUUUAGCUAUUGCCAAAAAGCAACUUAGCUCAAAGGAAGCAGAACGAGUUAAAGUUGAGAAGGAGCUCGCGGAAGCCCAGGCCGCCACCGUGGCUGCCACUCAGGAGAAAGAAGAGGUUGAUGCUGCGCUAGAGAAAGUCACAAGUCUAAUACCCGCCACCGCGCCCACUGUCGCUGAACCGGUAGUUGCCGGAUUUCCCCACGCAGAACGCACUACAUCCGAAGACUCCUUAUCCUUUGCUGCCGCUCACGCGUUACCUUCUACUCCCGAAAUUGGAUCUCCCUCUAGUGGCAAGAGUAACAAUCCGUUCGAGCGACUUGCAAAGUCUGAUCCUUCCACUCCACGUUCUCAAUCACCUUUCUUACCAUUCAACAAUGCUACUGUCCCUAGUCCCUCUGUACUCAACGGAAAUGCAAACCAGACAGCGGAAGCCUCUCUUGACGAUCCCUUUGGUUUUGCGCAGGCAUUUGAGACUCCCGACAAGGCUCCUGAACCUGUUGUUGGUGAAGCAAUAGCUCCUACCCCUGCGGAAGACAAUGUCGGAACCCCUAAACCUACCAUCGUCUCUCUUGACGACCAUGAAGAGUCACCAGCGACUCCUACAACCGCUCACACAGAGGAGUUUGCAACCCCACCCUCCACCGCUGAUGGUAUUCUCAAACCCAUGCGUAAAUCUACGGAGGAUAUAAUAAGCUCUAAAUUCCCUGACCUCGACGAUGUUGCAACGUCGUCUGCCAUUCCUUCCUCUGCUACCCCUUCAUCAGCCAUCCACGAGACCGAUCUCGGGGCGUCUUUGAAUGAAAUUGAGCCGGAAGAUUCGGACAGCAGUGACGAUGAAGACGAGGUUCCUCUUGCCACCCUCAAAGCUAAAACGGAUAGCCUCGAAACUGAGCCAAAAUCAGCUAUCGUUUCAGCGACAAAUGGGCAAUCUGUUACAGCUUCCUUCGAUGAUAUAUUUAGUGCACCCUCUUCGAACGGUCAAGCUGUCCCUACUGAGACUAAGGACGCUUUUGGUAUACCUAUUGAGACUCAGUCCAAUUCUCCCUUUGGCUCCACCUCAGACUCUCAUGUUGCUUCUUCCGCUGAAGCGGGCGUCAAUGCGUUCGACGAAGCGAUGGGCAAAAUUGCUCCGACUACUUCCAACAAUACUGCUCAGUUCUCAUUUGAAAAUGCUUUUGAUGAUACAUUUGACUUUGGAUCUGCCAAGGGUGCUGAUACUUCUUCCUCUUUUCCUCCUGCACCUGCCAAUGGAGCAUCGCCUGUAAAGGUAAAAGAAUCGGAUGGCUUUGAGAGUCUGUUUGUAACGCCUCCCUCGAACGGAGUCACAGCCUCGGUAGCGCGGCCAGUUUCGAGUUUCCUACCAAAUGUUGUUGCUUCUUCACCGCCGCCCUCCACCCCUUCUUCAGCCCAGGAUCCUCCAGUGGCUGCAGGACCCAGUUUCGACGAAGUAUUUGCUGGAUUUGACUCAAGCCCUUCAAUUCAAUUGGGCACGCCAAAUACUGUUGCAUCAGCACCGGCACCAAUUCCUGCGCCAUCGCCUAUUCCCGUGGCUACAACAAAGACUCCCGGAAGCCCUACCCAGAAACCUUUCCCGGCCACGAAUACCUCACCUUCACAAUCAAGUGUCACCAGGUCCAUUUCGCCACCUCCUCAUCGGAGAUCACCUCCAUUGCGAACCGGAUCUCCCAAACCCAGACCUUCCACGGCUUCAUCUUCCAAAGAAGGACAUGAGAAAGAGAAAAAUCCUCCACCACCGCGCCACUCCAAAUUAAGUAUUCGAUUACCUUUCGGAAAGAAAAAAAAGCAGGAAGCAGUACCUCCACCACCUCCGUCCCAAUUUUUGACACCGCCUACUGAGGAACCAGAGCAGAUUGGGACCCCUGCUGUUGGCGAUGAUGUAGAAGCUGUAAAGCAACUGACUGCUAUGGGCUUCAGCCGUUCUCAAGCAGUGGGGGCACUUGAAAAAUACGCAUACGACGUGCCAAGGGCACUGAACAGUCUUCUUGGACAGUCAUGA